UUGUGACACCCACACGCACGAUGUAUGUUUCUUACGGAUUAUCAUCGCUAGGAAUUUCCCGUGAUACGCAUGCGCUACUUCAAUGAAAUCAGGCAAUGUGGCGGCAGCUGAUAUUGCUGCUGGCUGAACUAAGUAAUACUGCUACAUCAUUGGCUUUACCUAGUACUGCUGCUACUAGCAUUACUGUAUCUCUAUCACAACAACUAGUAGCACCCGGCAUUGUGGCCUGUAGAUUCCCACUACAAUGGAGACAGCAAAUGGAUGAAGGAACAAGGGUGUUGCUAUCAUGAAUGUACCACGAAAGCACAACGGAAAGUGCCUAUUAUUCAAUACUGCCUCUCUAUAACACUUCAAUUGACACUCCCUGUCGGAUAUUGCACGCCAUUGAUGCUAUCACUACAAUCAUACAAAAUAACUAAAGUGGUACCACAUUACCUAAUGAGAUGUUCCUAUUCUAAACCGUGUUUCUAUCGUGCAGUUUCUCGUUAGAAUAGAUAACAUCUCACCUAACGGAUUAUUAAUUGUUUCAGUUGGCGUGUAGAUUUACCAACCAAAUCGGAUGUUCCUUUUCUCAUUUUCUUGUAAUUAUCAUUAGAAUAUGAUCAGUCAAAAAGCACUAUCAACAUUAAUUGCAUCAUAACUACUUUAUUAGUGUUUUAUGUAUUUAUGUUUAGAACAUCCUCUGUUUAGUUUGUGGGGCAAAUAGUGGCUACUUAAUAACCAGACUCUAUGUUUAUAGCAGGUGGUAAUUAAGUAUUGUAUUUCCUAAUUGAAUUAUAAACUUGCUAAUAUAUAUCGAUAUAUAUAUAUAUAUGUAUAUAUAAGUGUAUAUAUAUAUUAAAAAAAGAAAAAAAAAACUAGCGUUUCAUUGAACGAGCGAAGAACACGGAGACAGGUAUAAUUAAGUUUCCACCGGAAGUGGAGGAGGGAGAUUCGUGUCUUAUCGUUUAUGAUUCUUCAGAGUAGAUUUCAUAAUUCAGCUAUUUAUAAAAGUGAAACUGGUUUUGGAUCUGUAUAUGUGCUGUAACUGGUCACCGCCGACCAACUUCCUUCAACAUGGCGACGGAAGUGAAGGAUGUGCUUGCGACUGCUAGCUCCAACACCACUAAGGCUUCCUCUACCACUAAAGACACUUCCCCUACGAUGGUGACACCCAACACUCUCGAAAACACUUCUCUACCAGUUGUGUCUACCUCUAGUGCCCCCAAUACUGCUGGGAUGAGCGCCUCGAAUCCUAGUAGUCCCAAUAUACCUGAAGUGCCAACAGAAGGAAAUGGUGGUAGUAGCCAGCCACAGCAAAAUACAACACAGCAACAAACAGCAUCUCAACAGACAGGAUUAUUACAAACUAGUGGUAUCAAAACACCUACAGGUAGUGUACCACCUACAACAACUUCCAUAUCCAGCAGUUCUCAAACCACUACCAGUCCUGUCGGUGCAGGCGCCGGCAUGAAAAAAGCUGAUAAACAGAAACCAAUGCCUCUAGAUACUCAUAUUUCUGUGGGACCAGGUCAUGGACCAAAAACUCCUUCGUUGGGGACGGCUAGAGAUCGUGAAAAGAAAAUCGGUCAUCGGAGGGUUGAUGAAUCAGGUGUUGUGACAUAUAAAAAGAAACCAACCUCAGAAUUGAUGGCUGCCAUCCAACUGGGGAUUGGUCAAAGUGUUGGUGGACUCUCGUCCAAACCAGAGCGUGAUGUACUCUUACAAGAUUUUGCUGUGGUUGAAAGUGUAUUUUUUCCAGGUGAAGGUAGUAAUCUUACACCAGCUCAUCACUACAGUGAUUUUCGAUUCAAGACGUAUGCUCCCGUAGCGUUUCGAUAUUUCCGUGAACUAUUUGGAAUCCAUGCUGAUGAUUUCAUGCUCUCAUUGUGCACAGAACCCCUUCAGGAGCUUUGUAACCCUGGAGCUAGUGGCAGUAUAUUUUAUAUUACUGAUGAUGAUGAAUUUAUCAUAAAGACUGUCCAACAUAAAGAGGCAGAAUUUUUACAAAAAUUGCUUCCAGGCUAUUAUCUGAAUUUAAAUCAAAAUCCACGAACCCUCUUACCAAAAUUUUAUGGUCUCUACUGUUACCAAUGUGCCGGUAAAAAUAUCCGUUUUUGUGUGAUGAAUAACCUGCUGCCGUCUUCCAUCAAAUUAACUGAAAAGUAUGACUUGAAAGGUAGCACUUACAAACGGAAAGCGUCCCGGCAUGAACGAGCAAAAGAAAGUCCCACAUUAAAAGAUCUGGAUUUUUUGGACAACCAUCCUGAUGGCCUCACACUCGAAAAAGAAACAUAUGAUGCUCUGAUCAAGACUAUACAAAGAGAUUGCCGGGUGUUAGAAAGCUUCAAGAUUAUGGAUUACAGUUUACUGGUUGGUAUAUAUAAUCUUGACCUCGCAGCUGCCAAGGAGAAAGAAAAAGAGAAGGCAGUUGAUGUGAAAACUGAUCCAGCUUCUCCUUUAAAUGUGAAUGAAGAUGGACCUGGUAGAGGAUGGGCAACAAUUAAAGCGCCUGCCACAGAUGACCGCGAACGCAGUCCACCAAAGGACAAUGGUCUGUUGAUGUCAUCAAAAACUAGUCAGUCAGUAAACCUUGCCCGCGGAAAGUCUAUACGCACGCGUUUAGCACAAUAUUCCACUGCAAUGGAAGCAAUUCAAGCAGAUACCUCAGAUCGGCAAGGGGAAACAGAAGACGAUGUUCAACUUGGAGGCAUUCCUGCACGAAAUAGUAAAGGAGAAAGAUUAUUAUUAUAUCUUGGCUUAAUCGAUAUUUUGCAAAGUUAUCGCUUGAAGAAAAAAUUGGAACAUACAAUGAAAGCAAUAAUUAUUGAAGGGGACACAAUAUCCGUGCAUCGACCUGGAUUUUAUUCUGAACGAUUUCAAAAUUUCUUUGCUAAUACUGCUUUUAAGAAAACCCAAACUCCCUUGAAGCAUUCCCCUUCCAAAAAGAAGACUUCCAUAGCUGGCCGGCCACGUUUUCCUACAACCAGUGAACUUGCUGCUGAUGCUGGACAGACCAGCAAGCAAUCCGACAGAAACCAACGCACUAUUAGCUUUUCAGAUGAAAGUGGUAAAAAGUCUGCUUUGGGAGGCAGACCAGAUAUUGUACCUGAAAACCAUGCCAGCUUAUAUGGUGAAAGGGAUUCUUAUCAUAGUGGAGAGUAUACAUAUAACAAAGACGGCCAGAGGAAAAUGAGAUCUCUUGACUCUGGAAGAUCUGGACUUACUGAACAUGGGAAAAGUUCCACUUCCUGUAUGACUCAUUUUCUUGGAUUGAUAGGAGAUGGCUGCAUCUGCUCGAUGGUGAAUGCACCGUCUCAGGUGAAUUCUUUCUCUCGCUCAUCUCCUAGGACACGUAAAAGAUCUGAUAUGGUAUCUAAUGCAUCUUCUAGUCCAACCUUCACAAGAUCUGACAUGUGUGGAGGAGGAGUAUUACCUCCAGCUAGCAGUUUGGGUCACUCACCUCCACUCAGUUUGUCUGAGUCUACACCUACUCAUACUGAGUACACAGAAGGUACACCGAGCUAUACAACCUCAAGUCCAAGUUGUUCCAGUGAUGUACUAGACUCAUUUAUAGGCAGCUGUGAUUAUUCCUGUGUGUACCCUGGUGAAAAAUGGCCGGCCAACAGUCUGCAGUCAUUCUGUGAUGUUGUCAUGCAGGUUACUAAUUCACCAACCAACAGAGCAGCAGCUGCAGCAGCAACACUUUCAGACAAAGACACUGAAGAUGAAUCUGAUAUGGUUACAACACCACAGAGUUGAUGAGUUGAUUGCAACAGUAGCAUGUGACUGUUUAAUAUUUUAAUUUCCAUCUACUUUCUGCCAUCAACCUCAUUCAGAUUUCUGUCUCUCUCUCUCUCUCUCUCUCUCUCUCUCUCCUCGCUACCAAUUUAUCUAUCUAUCUGUCUGUCUGUCUAUCUAUCUAUCUAUCUAUCUAUCAAUCACACUAUCUCUCCAGUAAAAUUACCAAUCAGAAACAACUGCUCCUGAAAUGGAUUAUCCUAUUAGCAUACAUGGCUAAGCUGCCUUUGACUUGAUUAACAAACUUGCUACCCAAGUUUCAGGUUGACUCAGCAACAACAAUUGCAGAAACCACAGCAAAUAUAGUAAUCAUUGUUAGACAAAUUACUGUAAUUUCUCUUGUCAAACCACUUUUACGAUUAUUGACAAACACAAUGGCAACCCAGCCAAAUGAAGUACUAAACACUUUGUUUCCUCAAGUGUUGUGAGAUCCUCCUCUGCUGCUGCAGGCAGGCAUUGUGUUGCAAGAUAAUUACUUCUACUUGCUGCUUUUCAAAACCAAAAAAAAAAAGACAAAAAAAAAAACAACAAAACAAAAAGAAAACAGGGAAAAAAAAGUUUAAAAAAAGGCAUGUUGGCUAAUUGAUUAAUUAAUUAAUUGAUAAAUCGUCAUUACUAGUCUUUAUUCAGUACAUCUAUUGAUAAUUUGCUCACAUAUACAUGAUCUUUCUAGAAAUGUUUUAAAAGAAGUAGUAUCUUGUUAAGUUAUUUUUUAACCAAAAAAAGAAGAAAAAAAACCCAAAAACAAAAAGAAAAAAGUUGUUUUUUUUGAAGAAUUAUAAUAUUUCUUCAUAGAUGGAUUACAUCAAUAAUUGAAUGACUUUAAUCAUGCAAGCUUACAGAACAACUUCUUUUGGUGAAGAUUCUUUCUCUCUCUUCUCUUCUUAGGAAGCUUCCUAUUUAGAUCAUUUACACCUGGUUGAUCUUUUAGAAGUUCUUUUUAGUGAUAUUAAUUCAGAUUAGGGUCAAGGUUAGUGCCAACUUGUAUUGCACAACAUACCUUUCAUUGUCCUGUAGAAUUCUUGUCUGGGCUUUCCGGUGAGGUUAGCCUUCUACAUUGUUAAAUAAUACACGCAUUCACACACAUACACACAGACAAAUCUUAUGGUUUCUAGCACUUUUGUCUUUUCCUACAACCAUAAUCUAUAGAAGAGAAAAUCUGUUUUGCUCAGUUUGUCUAAUUAGUGUUAAAUGAUAUCAUGCUGUAUAGAUGAAUUCUGAAUGAAGGUUGUUAGCAACACUCACGGCCAAUGAACCCAUUUUCUGAAGGUGUUGCCCUUAUCUUGAAAAAUAAAAAAGACAAAAAAAAACAAUAUAACAUACACACAAAAAUACAAAUCUGAUGAGAGACUAGACAGAAAACAAAAACAAAAGCAAAAACAAACAAAAAGCAAACCAGUGCUUAGACCGAUACACUUUGUAGAAAUGGGCCCUAAAAUAAAAAAAGAAGAUAAUAAAUUUAAAAAAAAAUCAUGAAAUGACGUAAAAAGAAAUAAACACAAAAAUAAAAAUAUAUAUAAAUAAAUAAAUAA